UUAUGUUGAAGCCGUUGUUCGGAAAAGCGGACAAAACACCCGCCGACGUGGUGAAGAAUCUGCGGGAUGCAUUGCUGGUUAUUGAUCGACAUGGAACCAACACAAGUGAGCGGAAAGUCGAAAAAGCUAUCGAAGAAACAGCGAAAAUGUUGGCAUUGGCAAAAACGUUCAUUUACGGAUCAGACGCAAACGAGCCGAACAAUGAGCAAGUGACCCAGUUGGCUCAGGAAGUUUAUAACGCAAAUGUGCUCCCGAUGCUCAUUAAACAUUUGCACAAAUUUGAAUUCGAAUGUAAGAAGGAUGUGGCAUCGGUGUUCAAUAAUUUGCUCCGUCGUCAAAUUGGAACAAGAUCACCAACUGUGGAAUACUUGGCUGCAAGACCAGAAAUUCUCAUCACUCUUCUUCUUGGAUACGAGCAACCAGAUAUUGCCCUGACAUGCGGUUCGAUGCUCCGUGAAGCUGUCCGCCAUGAGCAUCUUGCUCGAAUUGUUCUCUAUUCUGAAUAUUUCCAACGGUUCUUCGUUUUUGUUCAAUCUGACGUUUUCGAUAUCGCCACUGAUGCAUUUUCUACAUUCAAAGAUUUGAUGACAAAACAUAAGAAUAUGUGUGCAGAGUAUUUGGAUAAUAAUUACGAUCGAUUUUUCGGCCAAUACUCGGCGCUCACAAACUCAGAAAACUACGUGACCCGACGCCAAUCGCUGAAACUGCUCGGCGAGCUUCUCCUCGAUCGACAUAAUUUCAGCACAAUGAACAAAUAUAUCACAAGUCCAGAGAAUCUGAAAACAGUGAUGGAAUUGUUGAGAGACAAGAGACGGAAUAUCCAGUACGAGGCUUUCCACGUUUUUAAGAUCUUCGUCGCGAAUCCAAACAAGCCACGUCCAAUCACUGAUAUUUUGACAAGAAAUCGUGAUAAACUCGUAGAAUUUCUCACUGCAUUUCACAAUGAUCGAACUAACGACGAGCAAUUCAAUGACGAAAAGGCGUAUCUCAUCAAGCAGAUACAAGAACUUCGUGUCUGAUUACGGAAUGUGACAAAAAAUAUUUUAUUUAAUUCUCACAAUCCAUAUGUUUUUAUUCCAAUGUUUUAUUUCUUUGUGAGUGGCUUUGUGUAGUGCAUCCUUAUCCUUAUCAAUAUUCAAAAAAAAACCACAAUUAUCAUUUGUGAAAUUUUCGGGGGUUACUGUAGCUAUAAUAUUAAGAUACAGUAGUACCUCCCCGCCCUCCAAUCGCCAAAAAUUUUGUUCCAUCCACACCUCGCUUUAGGCAUCGAUCUUUACCGUCUUUCUCUGCAAACAAAAUAUAAUCGUUCCUUUAAAAGAAUCCCCCAUAUUAAAAUCAUGUACGAAUACAAAAAUAUCCAUCCCCUUUCCGUCUGUUUUCCCUCUUAUUUUACGGUUUUUCACAUGUUAAGUUAAGGUUUAUUUCCUUCUUCAUCAAAGAAUUUGAUUUUCUCGCUCUAUCCAUGAUCAUUGUCUUUUUUUUUUGUUUUAUGAUAUUUCAAACGAUUUCUUGAUUCUAUUUUUAUGACUUCAAAUGUCAGAAACAUCGAUUUUUUAGCAUGAAAAUUUUCAAAUC